CGUCCUGACAGGCUCCACAAUCGCCCACAGAGAUCAUCGCUGUGCUCAGGCGGUUGUGUCGAUCCAACUGGAAACAGAAGCCGAAACCAUGGCGGAGAAGACUCAAAAGAGUGUAAAGAUCGCGCCUGGAGCAGUUGUGUGUGUAGAGAGUGAAAUCAGAGGUGAUGUCACUAUAGGACCCAGGACAGUGAUCCACCCUAAAGCACGAAUCAUCGCAGAAGCCGGUCCGAUAGUGAUCGGUGAAGGUAACCUGAUAGAGGAACAGGCGCUCAUCAUAAAUGCUCACCCUGAUAAUAUCACUCCUGAUGCAGAAGAUCCAGACCCCAAACCUAUGAUCAUUGGCACCAAUAAUGUGUUUGAAGUUGGCUGUUAUUGCCAAGCCAUGAAAAUAGGAGAUAAUAAUGUUAUCGAGUCAAAAGCGUAUGUAGGCAGAAAUGUAAUACUGACAAGUGGGUGUAUCAUCGGGGCCUGUUGCAACCUGAACACGUUUGAAGUCAUCCCUGAGAACACAGUAAUCUAUGGCGGAGACUGCCUUCGUCGAGUGCAGACUGAACGGCCACAGCCCCAGACACUACAGCUAGAUUUCCUGAUGAAAAUCUUGCCAAACUACCAUCAUCUAAAGAAGACCAUGAAAGGAAGCUCAACUCCAGUUAAGAACUAAGAACAAUAGAUGACAUCAAGAUGAUAUUUGUGUUUGACCAGUGUCUUUUUUUUUUUGGACCAGUGUCUUUUGAAAGAGCCACAUGUUUGUGCAUUCAUAACAGUCCACAAAACACCUGUUGACUUUAUCUUGUAAAAUUGAAUUAGAGAAGAAAGUAAUGGAUUUUCAUUGUAACUGUCCUCUAUAAUUUAUAUGAAGUGUAUUAUUUUCUGAUGUCCUUGUCCCAUUCUGAUAAUUUACAGAUUUUUUUGUUCUGUGUUGCGUGUUAUAUAAAAUGUUGGCCAUGAAUUUUAGUUAUGUAAAAGACUACCCAUGAUAAGAAAGAACAUAUUGUUAUGUAUUUAUAUUCUAACACAUACUAAACUAAAUAAAAAUGUUGAUGACAGGA